UCACAAGAAAUAUGUAUCAAUAAAAUUAGUAAUAGAUUAAUUUCAUUACGUUUUGUUGAUAUGCCGUGUACUUAAAUACAACAGUGUGUGUGUUCGGCUGCCCUAUUUUAAGGUUUUUUAUACUAUAAUGACCAACGCAGAAAGUAUGAAGUUUUUGGCGAAAAAUUCCGCAUUCAGCCCGUACCGGCUGAUGCGGAGGGAGACAGGAUUCGGUACACCUAUCGGCGCUGGAGACGCUAUGGCACGAAGUCUGUACUGUGGCAUGAAGCCGAUAGCAUCUUGGGAUUGUGAACAGGCCAAUGCAGUUCCCACAGGAGGAGUUUUCAACCUUGAAUUUUCUCCGGAAGGGACUCUACUUGUUGCUGCUUGCGAGAAGAAAUCCAUACAAAUAUUUGACCCAUUGACUCAUAAAAGAAUUCAUUCUGUGAAUUCAGCCCACUCCGAUUGUGUUAAUUGUGUUAAAUUUCUUGAUGGCAGAAUGUUUGCGACAUGCUCGGAUGAUACCACAAUAGCGUUAUGGGAUAUAAGAAAUAUGAAAAAAACAAUACGCUCAUUGUGCGGCCACACAUCCUGGGUGAAAAAUAUAGAAUUUUCAUUCAAAGACAAACUCCUAGUCACUUCUGAACUGAACGGCAGUAUUUACACUUGGGAUAUUAAUUCUUACACAGAAUGUAAUUUGGUGUACCAAAGAGUAUUUCACGCUUCUGGUCUGAUGAGGUGCCGCCUCUCACCGGACGCUCGACAAAUGGUCAUGUGUACGACGGGCGGGCUUCUCGUCAUUAUACAUAACUUGAAUCUCUCAACUUUAGCACAAGAUUUGCAUGGAUUUAAGCCAAAUUUAUAUCGGCUGAUGCAAACGAGUCACCAGCUUAUUCCAAUAGCGGCUUUGUAUGACCAUUUGUUUGAUGACAAGCGAGAGGAGAACCGCAUCGAGUUCGUGUCGGAUUUCCCUGAUGGGAACGAUGCCAAAGUCGUCAGUUCUUUGCAGAUACAUCCUCUAGGCUGGAGUGCAUUAAGUAGAAAUAUUAGCCAUGAUGACAGGUCUGAGUGGUCAUGCAUACACGACAUCCAAGCGAGCACGGAGACUCCAGACAAGUCGACGCGCGACUGCACGCGUGUUAGGCCUCCGCCCCCGCCGCGUAGGCCGCCGCCUCGCCGCUCGCUGCGGCGCCCGAGACCGCGGCUCGCGCGUCCCCUGCGCCCGCAGAAUUCGGUCACGCCCGCCGGCGAAGCACCAUCGUCGUCAAUUCGCCGUAUAGACAGAGAUAGCGACAGAGAGGAUGAGCCCGAAGCUGGUCCCAGUACGUCACGCAUAGAACCGUCCAGCCAUAGUAACGGGUCUUCGUCCUCCGCGACUUCAUCGAGGCUCGAUGGAUUAUCAAGUAUUCAAAAUGAUGUAUGGGAGGCUUCAAUAACUAUCAAACAACAUAGGGUAUUACAAGAAUUAUAUAGCAGGGGUGUGGGCCGCAACUUUAACAUGCAACGCAUCAUGGGCAUCAACACAGGCAUCUCACCGCCGAGUGCGUUACGUCCUCGUGCCCUCAGGGGAGCCGUCGCAAGACUUCUGCCGCACGCGCAACACGCACAGCUCGCGUCGCAUGCUGAGCUCAGCCCCGUGUCAUUGCCGUCAACGUCGAGGGAUCCAUCGCCCGCAGACCAUGGAGACUCGUGUGACGAGGAUCGCGAGACACGACACUACAUUAGACAAAAUAGAGACAGACUUCUGUACUAUAUAGAGGAAACUAAUGAAGGAAAAGGAUUUAUCAAGGAAUUAUGUUACUCGGCUGAUGGUCGACUCGUUUGCUCUCCGUUUGGUCGAGGGAUGAGGCUCCUAGCUCUCAACGAAAAUUGUAGCGAACUGUCGCAGUGCGUUCAAUACGUCAAAACUCCUAAACCAAUGGUGGAUGUAGGACAAAGUCUAGGAAUACAUCAAGACUUAGUUGUGAGUUCGAAAUUCAACCCGAGGUAUCAUAUGCUUGUCACUGGCUGUCUUGAAGGCAAAAUAGUCUGGUAUGAGCCCUACAGCGGAGAAUCGUUAUAUUAGUUACUUAAUAAAUUUAGUUAUCAUGUAAAUAUUAUUUUAUUCAUGGAAUCCAAAGUAAUUAAAAUA